UCUUUUCAAGUGUUGAGGUAAUUAUUUUAGCGUGGACGUUUGAUUUGAGAGAGAGAGAGAGACAACAAAUGGUAGAAGAGGUUAAAAACGGGGGGUUUCAACGGAGUUAUAGAGAGAAGACGAAACCCUAAUCAAUCUAUUGCAUUGAAUGAGGUUAUAUUUGGAUAAUCCAGUGUGUUCUCAAGCUUCUUACUUCCUCUUAAAAUGAAAACAAGAACUAAUGGGACUUCUAGAGGUCAGAAGGCACAAAAUUUUCAGGGUGAGAGACCAAAUUGGAUUCUUAUUGCCGGUGGUGCCUUGUUAAGUACAUUGUCAAUUCGCCUUGGUUACAAGCUCAAGCAGACACUGGACUCAAAGCAACAGGCAAAUGCUAGUGAUGGUCUGAAAGGGAACAUGAAUUCAUCUGAGAGGAGAUCUCCAGGUUGCAAUAUGCAUUCAAACUUGUAUUCCUUUACACAAGGUGGUGAUGUUUGCUUCAACUGCAUUUCAGGGAAUGAAGGCAUUGCAGAUCUGAAGCACCGGUCCAACGACCAGAUGCUGUCUGAAUCAGACGUUGCUCUACCUUUGGUGAUGGUUCCUGCUGUGGAAUUCACCAAGGAGAAUGGUGUUAUGUGGGUAUCAUCUCCUGAUCGCCUCGAGUUGCCUCCAAAGCCAUUCAGCCAUUCAAACUGCUCUGACUCACCAAGUGUCUCGGAAUCUGGUUCUGACAUCCUCAGCAAAAGAGAAGUUAUACAGAAGCUGAGGCAGCAACUGAGGAGGAGAGACGACAUGAUUCUUGAGAUGCAGGAUCAGAUUCUGGAAUUACAGAAUUCACUCAAUGCUCAGCUGACACUUGCUUCAAAUUUGCAAUCACAGAUCAAUGCAGCUAACAGGGAUUUGUUUGAUUCUGGAAGGGAAAUCCAGAGGCUCAGAAAGGCAAUUGCUGAUCACUGUGUGAAACAUGUGGACACCAAUGACAGACCAUCAACAAUCACAGCAUGGCCAUCUGAGGCUAGAAAUGGCCAUGCAAAUGGGUAUCUUGACGGGGAAAGCAAUUUUGAGACAUCGGAAAAGGGAAGGGGAGAUGGCGGGAGGAUUGAGAUGCUGAAGAGGGAAGUAGGUGAUUUGAAGGAAGUGAUAGAAGGAAAAGAGUACUUGCUGCAGAGCUACAAGGAGCAGAAGGCAGAGCUUUCCAUGAAGAUUAAGGAAUUGCAGCACAGAUUGGAUUCACAGCUCCCUAAUAUUUUGUAGGCAGUGUUAGGAUGUGUAUUCUUGCUUGUUUUCCACGUUCAUUUCUUUGAUUCUACGUUCCAAAGUUUGGGAGAAGCUUCUGUUUUGUCAUUUCUUUGUAAAUUGUCGUGUGGUUUAGUUUAGAAUGUUCAAUGCAUUUUCUGGGCUUGUUCAAAAGUGUGCAUUGUUGGAGUUGGGAGAUCUUUUGUCUGGCAAGUAUCUAAACACCUUUAUACAGAAUCUGAAAACAAGUUUCUACGGGGAGAUUGGACUC